GAAAGAAGCGCUGUCACUCCAAAAGAAGAUGGCCCAAAACUUGGAUGAUGCUGAUUUUGGCUUUGACAUGCUUGCUCCUCCAGAAAAAUCUGAAGCUACAACAGAGAAGAUCACCAAAGACUUGACAAAACUUUCCAAGAAACAGAAGCUAGAGAUCGUGAAGAAAGAAUCUCCAGAAUUGUUGGAACUUUUCAAUGAUCUAAAAGUCAAGCUCACAGAAGUGAAGGAUGUACUCCUCCCACUUCAACAGUUACUGCUAGAGGAAGAAGAGACUGUCCCAGCACAGACGUUGGCCUAUGUUCAGCUGAAACUUCGUCUCACCCUAAGUUAUUGCAUAAACGUCAACUUCUAUCUAAAAUUGAAGAGUGACCGGUUCCCAGUGAAGAAUCACCCGAUCGUGAAGCGUCUCCUACAGUAUCGCAAUCUUUUGAAGCAGAUGCAGCCACUUGAUGAACAAUUCUACAGUGAAAUGGAAAUGUUGGCCACAUGUCUGAAAUCUGGAGAAGAGGUUCUGUUUGUUCCUGUUGAUGAAACUGAUAUAGCACCAAAGCAACAGCAUUUAAGCAAAGUUCCAAAAGAUGAAAUGGCAGAAACAAACGGAGAAGGCUUCAUUGAUUCUAACCAUAUUGAUGCUGAUGAUGAGGAAGAGAAUAAUGGAGAGGAUGCUGAUAAAAAAAGACCAAUUACUUACCAGAUGGAGAAGAACAAAGGUUUGAUACGAUAUAGCAAGAAGGAAAAAGCUAAUCCUCGUGUGAAACACAGGAGAAAGUUCAAGAAGGCCAAAGUUCGAAGAAAGGGACAGGUUCGACAGCCGAUGACCGAGAUGAAGCGCUAUGGUGGAGAAUUGUUUGGUAUUCGCUCUGGUGUACGACACAGCGUCAAGCUGAAAUGAUGGACCACGUUGAACUACAGCAAACAUAAACAGAGUUUCAUUUCUGGAUCAUUCUCAACUGCUCCAGCGGUUCUUUAUAUGGCAGCAUUGUCUUUUGCACACACUCUCUGUGUGUACAAGCAUGUGCAAUUUAUGUAUAUAUAUACCGUAUUUGUGUGUAUAAUAUACAUAUAUACACAUUAAUACACACAUUAAAAAUAUAAAACAUA